CCUCUACUUCCACAACGCCCGCAAGGCAAGGCCCCCGGCGCCAAGCCCAUGAACCCCAACGACCCCUCGAGAACCCGGACGCCUUCUCCUCAUCCUACGCCGCCGCCGCCGCCGCCGCUCCUCCUCCUCCCCGGCCUCCCGCUCCUGCCGCCCACCACGAGCGCCGGCCCAGCCGCUGUACACCGGGUCGCCGUUCCACCGCGGCGAGCCGCCGAGAAGAGUCAGCGGCGGACCGGCGGCAGCGGAGCCUACAGCGUGGAGCAGUCGCCGUCGGUCGCCGCUGCACCCGUACUCGAGGGCCGCCGACUCCUCCGAGGCCAGCGGGUUUGGCCUCGUCGCCAACUCCGUCGACCGCCCCCGCCCCAGGCUCGGCAACGAAACAGCGAGUUUCAGACUCCGACUUCCUCUGCUCUGUACUCUGUUCUUCUUCUUCCGUUGCUCAAAAUUGCGCGUGAUUGAAAUCGUUUAAAAAAAUUUAUCCACCCUAGUGGCCAAGGCGACAAGCUGUCGGAGUCGGAAAUCGGGAUUUGCGGUAGAGUACGAAUCGCGCACCAACUCCCUCUCCCCCUCAAAAAAAACUCCCUCUCCCUCCGAAUCCUCCACUGCUCCUCCACGUCGACCCUCCUCAUCUUAUUAAUCCCCCUUUUCUUUCCCUCGCUGCAAAGUUUAAUCCGCCUGGGUUGAAUUAGGGUUUCGUCAUCGUACCUGCACCCCCCGUGCGUGCCUGGGUAGAGUGGUUCCGGAAGGGGAAUGAGCGCGGUUAGCACCGCCGCGCGCUCGAGGAGGCGGGCGCAGGAGGAUGGUUUGGCGAGGGAGAAGGCGGUGGUGGUGGACUUGGAAGCGGCUGGAUCUCCCGUCGCAGGGGGCGGGGACAGCCGGCGCGUGGCUCCAAUCCCUGGCACCCCUGCCGGCACGCAGGGCUCGCCCAUUGAUGUCGAAGCUCUAGUAGACGGCGAGGGGAGCAGGAACAGGAGAGGAGUUCAAUUCGUGGUGGAUCUGGAGGUGGAUACUGUCCAGCAAGGUUGCAACGAUGAUGUGAUUACGGUUCACAGUUUUAUUGGGAGCAAGCGUCGGAGGGAACAAAGAGCUAGUAUUCAGCGAAACAACGAUGUACGACUCAGUAGAUCAAGUGCCAAUGUUGCUCCAAAGAAUAUUCUAAAAAAAGUUGCUCCUCCUCCAAAGGAGCCGGCCUUCACCUGCUCGGUGUGUCUAAACAAACUGGAGCAGGCGUCCACGACUACCUGUGGCCAUGUCUUCUGUGAGAAUUGCAUCAAGACGGCCAUCAAGGCUCAGAAGAAAUGUCCUACCUGCAGGAAGAAGCUGGGGCCGAGGAGCUACCAUCGUGUCUACCUCCCGACGACUACUGAUUAGGGCUGAUCUUACGGGUUCCCUCUUGGUUCGAAAAGAACUUCGAUGGUGCAUGACAUAGCCGAGCAAUGGAUGGGGCUGCUUUCUGUUGCCAGUCCUGUAAGAAGUAUGCAGCAUGUAAUUGGCAUGUGUCCUGGAAUAGUGACCGUAGAGUGAUGAUCUGAUUGGUUGUGUGCAUCGAUCGAUGCCGAGCCUGAGAUACCAGUAUUUUAUGAUUUUUUUUGUCUUAAAAAAAAUGAAAAAAUUGAGUGAUCUUCUGAAUUGGAUCACAUUUCAUAGAUUUGCACAUGUCCCUCAAAUUAAGUGUGAUGCAAUACAACAUUGAACACUUGUUCAUGUA